CGAGUGACACCAUUAUAGUAAAUCUGAUAUUGUCCCUUUUAAACCAAGCACUGGAUUUCCUAUGCAUAUUUGUUUGUAGAAAAUUCAGAUGUGGUAAUACAGCUUGACAUUAAGGAAUACUGGUGUGUGCACAGGGUAAAUUCUUUAAAUGUUAAAUUGGAGUAAAAUUUUCAUUGGAUACACAUAAACUCUAAAAACUAGAUUAAUAGACAAUGGCUGUUGUGAAAGGUAAUUUCAAACUUCAACCAUUAAAUUCUACGACACAGAGUCCACUGUUUCAGCGAAGACGUCCACCAAAUGAGAAUGGCACGGAUGAUGAUUUGUUGGGUUCAAACAUGUCGUUGGGUAAUGCGGCAUGUCGCCGAUGUGGGGAGGGUUUCGGAGUACAUGAACAAAUAGUCAACUCAAAUGGAGAAGUAUGGCAUACUCACUGUUUCGUAACUGGACAUGCGCCUCAAGCUUCGGCAUGUAGUAAAUGCCACGAUUUUAUAGAACCAAAUGAGCAAAUGGUUAACUACAAUGGCAAUGUUUGGCAUCCUCGAUGUUUUGUCUGUGCCCAGUGCUUUCAGCCAUUCCCCGAGGGUGUUUUCUAUGAGUUUGAAGGGAGAAAAUACUGUGAACAUGAUUUCCAUGUCAACUUUGCUCCAUGCUGUGGUAGAUGUGGUGAAUUUAUUAUUGGGCGAGUUAUUAAAGCCAUGAACAAUAGCUGGCAUCCUGAUUGCUUUUGCUGUGAACUGUGUGUAGCACCACUGUCUGAUGCAGGUUUUGUCAAGAAUGCUGGAAGGGCUCUGUGUAGAGAAUGUAAUGCUAAAGAAAAAGCCAAAGGUUCAGGAAAAUAUGUAUGCCAUAAGUGCCAUUCUAUUAUAGAAGAAGGUCAUAUAAAGUUUAAAGGUGAAGCUUAUCAUCCUUAUCACUUUAAUUGUUCAAAUUGCAGUACUGAAUUGACAGCAGAUGCUAGAGAGAAAACUGGAGAGUUAUUUUGUUUACGUUGUCAUGAUAAGAUGGGUAUACCUAUCUGUGGUGCCUGUAGGAGACCUAUUGAAGAACGUGUUGUUCAUGCUUUAGGCAAAGCUUGGCAUGUUGAGCAUUUUGUUUGUGCCAAAUGCGAGAAACCAUUUUUAGGAACACGACAUUAUGAAAAGAAAGGGUUGGCCUAUUGUGAACUUCAUUAUCAUCAAUUAUUUGGGAACAUCUGUUUUGUAUGUAAUAACAUUAUUAAUGGAGAUGUUUUUAGUGCCUUCAACAAGGCUUGGUGUGUAAAUCAUUUCGCCUGUUCUAUUUGUGAUAGGAAAAUGAGUCAAAAAACAAAAUUUUUUGAGUUUGAUCUUAAGCCAGUAUGUAAGCUAUGCUAUGACAAGUUUCCUGGAGAACUGAAGAAAAGACUGAAAAAGGCCUAUGAUGAACAAAAUAAGAAAUAAAAACAUAACUAUAGUAACUAGUCCAACUUUCAACUAUAUCUCAGGAGGAAACAAGAAUUAUGGAAUUUUACAGAACAGUAGCCCUAUGGCCAAGAGAUAUGGUUUUCUUGAAUGCAGUGGUUGAAUUGAAACUUAAGUUAAUGGAGCAGGUUCUCUUUUUAAUGUAAAAUAUUCGUAUAUUGAGAAACAUGUAAUUCUGUCUGUUUGUAAUUGCAAGUAAAGUUUAAAAUGUUGAAACCAAAUCACAAGUCUACAGCGAGGAAGACUAAAUUUUCAAGUUUCUGAAUUUCACAAAAUUUUCACAAGUUUUCACAAAUAUUGGUAAGCUAAUUUAAAGUUUUCCAGAAAUUGAUUACAUGAUUCCCAUUUCACAAAGCACAUGUAAGACUUAGUGCAAGUCACUCAAACAUUUUUCUCCACAAUUCUAUUAUGUGUACAUAACUUUACGUUAGCUUCAGUACAGACCACAUGUUAUUAAAUAUAAUGUAGACAAUUUGUUUAAGAAUUCAUGGUUCAAGGAAUCGUUGCCUUAAUUAUUGGGACAUUAGAGGAUAUAGCUGAACUACUGUAGAUAUUAAAAUUAUUAAAUACUAAAUCACCUAUGACAAGGUCUUCUGGUUAAAUGUUUAUUAAUAAUAAUACCUUAGACAAUUUUAUUAGUAAUUGUUAAAUGCAUGCUGUAUUGUUGAAAUAUUAAUAAUUAUUUAUGACAUGAAUUCAAAAUAUGUGAAGGUGUGGUACAAUACUAUGCAUUAUUCAUAUACUGUUUUAUUUUUGUUUCUUAUUUUUCUUCUUUUUUUUUUUAGAUUUCUGUUAUAAACACUUUUGUCCGCAUUUUAAAUUUUUUUCAAAUAAUCAUGAUCCAUUAAGCUAUAAUAUUAUGUACAUGAAUGUACCAUUGCUAUUAAGAACUGCAAACCUUCCAAUUCUUAAUGCAGUUUCAAAGUUUCAACUGUAUAGUGUUCAUUGGCAGAGGUCAAAUUAUUAGUAGUUAUAAAUUUUGUUUUUCAGACAUAUUUCAUCAUAAUGUUGAGAUUUAUUUUGUUUUAAUUAAAGAUGCAUUAUAAAAGAAUUAGAUAAAGAGAUGACAGUUUUUACUAUAAUAGUUAAAAAAAUAGAUAAUGAAAAGGGAAUAUGUUGAAAUUACUUCAUUCUGAGCGAAGUUAUCAGCGUUUGUAGAACAGUGUAAUCUCGAUUGUCAUUGUUAUGAUCAUAAACAAAGUCUUGAUAUCCAUUUAGAAAUUUAAAAAUCAUUAACUGCCAAUCGUAUUUAAAUCAAACCAUCCAAAUUGAUUAUAAACCUGGCAUGUGAAUAAAUGUCUAAUUAAUAAUUUAUGUAACAUUUAAGGCCAAUGAAAGAUCUGCAUUAGUCAGAUUUACCUUGUGCAUAUUUAAUUAUCUAUGUAUGUAGGCUUAGGCUACAGUGCAGCAAUAUUGAUCAUGGAAUAAAGCUUUCAUUUUUAUUUGCAUUCUAAGUCACAGAUUCACCAUAUGGUUAUGUAAAAAUUAUCUAUUAAAAUCAUGUAAUCAUAUUCUUUAGAAAAAUAUGUACUUUUUAUUAGAUUAUUGUUUAAAAACUAUUUAGUCAUUAGAUAUAUACAUGUAUGUAUUUUACUUACAUCAAAUAUUAUUGAUUUAAAGAUGACUGCUGUCAUUAUAUUAUGCAUGAGCUUGAUUAAAUUGGGUUGUUACCAUU